AUGAACAUGUAUAUUUGUGUGCGAGCGUGCGUGGGUAUAUUUUCAGUGCAGAAAGUAUUACACGUUCGCCUUUUAAAGCACAUGGAAGUGCCUGAGACAAAACAGCGCACAGUCGGCGUGUUAGUUCUUCUAGGUCCGUCCCCACGGGGCGAAAGGGGGACGGGGGACGGCGACCGCGACGGAGGGGAGAGCCGGCGGCCGGGAGGCGGCGCGGGGCGGGCGGCGCGGGGAGGCUCGGGUCGGUUCGGGGCGGGUCCGCUCGGGGCGGCGGGGCGGUUCCGGGCCGGCGGGGGCGGGCGGCGCGGGGCGGUUCCGGGCGGCUGGGGGCGGGCGGCGCGGGGCGGGCGGGCGGCGCGGGGCGGCUCGGGGCGGGUCCGCUCGGGGCGGGGCGGGGCGACCGUUGGGCCGGCGCAGCGGCGCGCGGGAGGCGGCCUCGGGGCCGCGCGUCCCGGGUCGGCGGGAGCGGCGCCCGCCUCCAGCCGGCCCAACGGUCGGCGGCCCAGUCCCCACACGGAGCCGGGGAGCCACAGCAUGCUCCGCAUCCUGAUGCUGCUUGCGGGGCUCGGUGGCGCGCUGGCGUCUGGACCUGGUUCUCAGAACUCAUCUAUACAAGUUAUAUUUCCAGAGAAAAUGCAAGCAAAUACAAGCAAUGGUUCAGAAGUAGAAGACGAACAGAUAUCCUAUAUUAUUCCAAUAGAUGAGAAACCAUAUACUGUGCACCUUAAGCGAAGCUAUAAAGAUUAUCCAGAUUAUGUGGGAGCAGCGUUUCCUGGAAAGAUGUGCAUUACCCAUUAUUCUGCAGGAAUUGCUUUGGCUUGCAAUACUCUCCUUAGUUGUCACUGUGAGGCUGGAUAUGCUCCUCCAUCUUGUGAGCCAACACCAUCGUCACCAGGAGGAAGUACUGAUGAUGGGUUUCGGCUUGUGGAAAAAAUAAUCUGUUCAGUCAUUGAUUCUUGAGUUGGAAGAAAAUUAUGAUGUCAUCGUCAGAAGACUCAUACUAUGGGAUUUCAAUUCUAUGACCAAUUUCAACAUCAUCAUUACAGGCUAGAGUUUUGCUCUCUGUUUCUUUACAUUUGUCUGAUUAAAAAUUAUAAAAUGUCUUUCUCCAUCAAUAUUCUUGUCUUUAUUACUAUAGUGGUAAAAGAAAAUUUCUGAAUUCUCGUUGUGCUCAAUAGAAGCCAAAAUAAAAAGACAAAUGGA